AUGGCCAUGUUUUGGAAAGCUAUGGCAGAUGGACUGCUUCUCACUUUGAGCAUCACUCUGCUUGGAUGGGGAGUUGAGGGUCAGGGGAACGGACGGGGUAAGAAAGAAGUAUCUGGCAGGGCUAAUGUCUACCUUGGCCAGGACAGAGACAUCUGGAGGCCACUGAUCCACACAACAGUAAACUUCAGUGAGAUCAGAAGUAUCAAGUCAUCCUUUCAGUUACGGACAUUUGACCCAGAAGGUGUCAUUUUCUAUGGAGACACCAAAAACGGGGAGGACUGGUUUGUUUUGUCUCUGAAAGACGGCAUCCCCCUGAUGCAGAUCAGCAAAAAUGGCAUCCUCGUCAGUGUGGCAGGUGGCCCCCAGCUCAAUGACGGAAAAUGGCACACUCUGGAGGUGAGCAACCAAGAGCAGUUUGUGAUUCUAGAGGUGGACGGCUCCAAUAGGCUGGUGGUGGGCACGGGCAUGCUGUCCAAACAGGAGGUCCUUUCCGGUGAACUCCGACUGGCCGUUGGUGGGAUCCUGAUCAACAAGGAAAAGAUGAUUGUUCAGUUUGAGCCUCAGAUGGACGGCUGUGUGCGGGAAGGCAGCUGGCUAAACCUCACCAUCCCCUGGGAGGUGGAGGCAGAGGAGCUCUGGCCCUGUUAUCAACACGUCCAACCUGGCAGUUACUUUCCUGGCACUGGAUUUGCCAUUUUCAACACCUCAGUUUUCCCCAUUGAAGCAGAUCAUGGGUUCAAGACUGAAUUGUGGGGAGAUUUCAGUAAGAUGCAUGGGACCAUUUUGAGCAUCAAGGCUCCUGGGCAAGAGCUGAUGUUCACUUUAGUGGCCAAUAAUAACACUCAGGAGGUCACACUCACUUUCGGUGGAGAAAAAAUCAGUAUGAGAGACACUUUCAAGAGACUGGUGAUAACCUUUCAGACAGAUUUACUGCAAGCACUUCAAGAUGAAGAUCAAUCAAAGACAUUAUCUAUCAGUCCACUGAGCCACCCCGGUUAUUUGACCACAUGGAGAGAAGGUCGUCUCGCCGUUGGAGGUCUUUUAGGUGAGGGUGAGGACGUCGUCGGCUCUGAGUUCUUGACAGGCUGUCUGGAGAAGAUCCAGGUUCAGGGGAGGGAUUUGGAUUUGGAUUUAGCUGUCAAACACCCAUCAAUCUCCUCUCAUAGCUGCCCUGCAUAGAGCAUGAAAGUAUGAAUGUUCAAUAUGUGGACUUGAUGUUCGCAGUAGAUGCCUUUAGGUCUAAAUGACACAAAAAAUACAAUUUGGAGUGAAAAAUGGUCAGCUAAUAGUCAUUCUGUAGUCGAAUGUGGUAUUUGUACCCAUUAACCUCUAAAGUUUGGAGACGUUACAAUAAAAUAUUAGUAUGUUGUUCAAUAGAUAUCUCUCCCACUUGCCCUAUUUUAACAGAAUAUGCUGAUUAAUCUGAGAAAUGUGAAUGGUUUUGUGACCUUGGUACAUGCAACAGUCUGUUUCUGAAUAAAAUAUGGUUCUCUUUAAUACGA